AUUAUUAUAGGAAAGGUUAUUGUAGUCACUGAUUGUGGUGAUAUUGAAAUUGAAUUAUUUGCUAGAGAAACACCAAAGGCUUGUAAAAAUUUUGUACAGUUAUGUCUUGAGGAUUUUUAUAAUGGAUUACAUUUUCAUAGAAUUGUUUCGGAGCAAUUUGUUCAAACUGGUGAUCCAACUAAUAAUGGUGAUGUUGGCGAAUCUAUUUAUGAAUUGGAUGAAUCAGGAAAAGGAAAAGCUUUUGAAGCAGAAUAUCAUUCAAGAUUGAAAUUUUCUCAAAGAGGAUUAGUAGCUUGUGCCUCUCAGAAUAACAUGUCUGAUUCUAGGUUUUUUAUAACACUUAAUAGAUUGGAUGCUUUAAAUUUUAAACAUACAAUAUUUGGACAAAUAGUAGGAAAUACUAUUUACAAUGUUCUGAAAAUUGCUGAAUUGGAAGUUGACGAUAAUGACAGGCCUGUUUAUCCUCCAAAAAUAAUAAGAACUGAGGUAAUUGUAAAUCCAUUUCCUGAUAUUGUACCAAGGAAAAAAACAGUAUCAGAUUCGAAUAUCAAAAAGAGAAAAAAGAAAGAAAAUAAGAAUGUUCUCUCAUUUUCUGAUGAGAUUGAGGAAAACAGUGAAGAAAUU